CUUUCCAUUUUGCUUCUUUGCUAGAAACCAUCUUUCAACGCCCAAAACAGCUAAAGAAACAAAGGCAUAGCAACUUAGUUAGUUGGGGUCAUUUCUUUUUACUUCAUUACUGCUAAAGAAUGAGCAAACUCCAAAAUCUCACUUACCCAGAUGCCUAUACUUAGCAAACUAGUCUUAUACCGGCUUAGGCACGCCAGGCAUAGGCUUUUCUCAUAGCCAUCUUUACAUUCUUAAUGGAAAACUGAGUUUUUUUCAAGAAUAUUUUAACCUCUUUUCUCAAUUUCUCUCAUGAAAGAAUGCUACUGCCUCGAGUCGUGAAAAGGCUCGUAUUUUCACUUAAGUCUGUGACAAUAAUGACUCUCUUUCUGUCCUUAUUAUCACUUGCAUCGUUAAGAACCCUGCAGCCCGGAACUUGGUACAUACAUUAUGUGCUGUGUUUUACUUGCAGAGAGGCUUUCUUUUUGUGGGCUGUAACUAUCUUUGUCAGCCUUUCUUAUUACUUCUCUGUCACUACCCAUGGUCAGGUGCCCUGAGAUCAAGCAAUGGCUGCUCGGUCGGUUUACUCUUCAUCAGUGUCUUCGCUACCACCCCCAAGUCCGAAAUCUCCGCCUGACUACCCGGAUUUGUAUGGGAAGCGUCGAGAGAUAGCCAAGAUACAGAAGCUUGAAGGAGAAAUUGGUUUCCUUGAGGACGAACUAAAAUCCAUUCAAAGUCUUCAACCUGUCUCAAUCAGCUGCAAAGAGAUUAGUGACUUUGUAACGGCCAACUCAGAUCCAUUGAUGCCUACAUAUAGGACAAAACAUCGGCGAUAUCGCAUCUGGAAAUGGUUAUGCGGACUUCCUUGCUCUAAUUUGUCAUGGCUGUGCUGCUGCUCUUGCACUGGGUGCUCUGUCUACCUAGAGAUGUCUCGCAGCAGUCAUUGCAAACCAUGCAAGUUUCCAUCAUGUUUAAGCUGUUGUAGCAUGCCGAAGUGUAGUUUCUUCUCUUGUCCCUCUUUGUCCUGCUGUAGAAACAUCUCGUGCCGUAGGUUGUGUUGUUUUAUAUCAUUACCUUCACUUUCAUGCCCCCCUUGUUGCAGCUGCUGCGAAUGCAAAUGCAACUGCAAAUGCAGCUGUAAGUGCUCUUUUCCAAAAUGUUCCCAGGUAUCUUCUUGUCGCCUCUGCACAAAGUCCUGUUGCAACCCCUGCUCUUUAUGCUGUUGCUUUUAGUUCAGCGACACUAUUCCAUAUAGUUUAUCUUGAUCUUCUACAUGAUAUAAUCAGCGUACAUUAUGAUGAAUAUCUUACUCUCCUGGAUUAUUGAUGCAAAUAUUUUGAGUUGUUUA